UGCUUUCUCUCCCCUAAACCCUUGAGCCCCUCUCCCCCAUUUUCAUUUUCACUUUCACACUCACACACUCCGCACCAAUGGCAGCCGCCGCCCGUCCUCUCGUUACCGUCCAGUUGCUCGAGGGUGACAUGGCGACCGACUCUUCUCCAACCGUUCAUCUACCCGAUGUGAUGAGGGCCUCCAUCCGACCCGAUAUCGUUAACUUCACCCACGCUAACAUAUCAAAGAACAAGCGGCAACCAUACGCCGUGUCGAAGAAGGCGGGCCACCAGACAUCUGCCGAGUCAUGGGGAACCGGGCGUGCCGUGUCCCGUAUCCCCCGUGUUCCCGGAGGCGGAACCCACCGCGCCGGCCAGGGUGCUUUCGGAAACAUGUGCCGUGGAGGCCGCAUGUUUGCCCCAACCAAGAUCUGGCGAAGGUGGCACCGUAAGGUCAACGUGAACCUUAAGCGCUACGCCAUCGUUUCGGCCAUCGCCGCUUCCGCCGUCCCCUCUCUCGUUCAAGCCCGCGGUCACCGCAUCGAGUCUGUCCCCGAACUGCCCCUCGUGGUGAGCGACUCCGUCGAGAGUGUCGAGAAAACUUCAGCGGCUCUCAAGGUUCUCAAACAGAUCGGAGCUUUUCCCGACGCCGAGAAGGCGAAGGACAGCCACGCGAUCCGCCCGGGUAAAGGUAAGAUGCGUAAUCGCCGCUACAUCAACCGCAAGGGUCCUCUGAUUGUGUACGGAACCGAGGGCGCUAAACUCGUGAAGGCCUUCCGGAACAUUCCUGGUAUUGAUAUUGUGAACGUGGAGAGGCUGAACCUUCUGAAGCUGGCUCCUGGUGGUCACCUUGGACGGUUCGUGAUCUGGACCAAGUCGGCCUUCGAGAAGCUGGACUCGAUCUAUGGAUCGUUCGAGAAGCCCUCGUUGAAGAAGAAAGGUUAUGUCCUGCCAAGGUCGAAGAUGGUGAACGCUGACCUGUCGAGGAUUAUCAACUCGGAUGAGGUUCAGUCGGUCGUGAGGCCGAUUAAGAGGGAUGUGAAGCGGGCGCCUAUGAAGAAGAACCCGCUCAAGAACCUCAACACCCUGCUGAAGCUGAACCCGUACGCCAAGACUGCCAGGAGAAUGGCUGUUUUGGCCGAGGCCGAGCGCGUCAAGGCCAAAAAGGAAAAGCUUGACAAGAAGAGGAAGCCAAUCACUAAGGAGGAGGCUGCUGCAAUCAAGGCUGCAGGGAAAGCUUGGUACCAGACUAUGAUUUCUGAUAGUGAUUACACCGAGUUCGAAAACUUCACCAAGUGGCUUGGAGUGUCCCAAUAAUUUGCUUUUCUGGUAUUCAGAAUUUGUUUUACUUUCGUUGUGUUGAUCUAGUUUGCUUACAGUUUUGAGACAUGGAUGAGAUUAGGUGGGAGGAAAUGGGGGGAAUAAGAUAUCACUUAUUGUUUUUUCUUUCCUCCCACUUCGUUAUCUUGAUUUCUGCCCAAGGUGAAAGAGUUUCUGUUUUUUGAACUAAAAUUAAAUAUUUUAGGCUUUUAGUUGGUGAAUCUACUCUCUCUAUUGCUAUGUUA